CAUGGGCAUCCCCGAAGCUGUCGUCUCAGACAACGGCCCCCAGUACAGCUCUGGUGAGUUUGAAUCAUUUGCAAAAACAUGGGAGUUUACACAUACUACCACAAGCCCAUACCACCCACAAAGUAAUGGGUUAGCAGAGAAAUCUGUACACACUGCAAAGAUGUUACUGGGAAAAGCCAAAGCUGACAAAAGUGACCCAUACCAUAGUCUUCUGGAGUAUCGCAACAGCCCUGUUGAUGGAUUCAAGUCCCCAGCUCAGCUGUUAAUGAGUCGCCGUCUGCGGUCAACCUUACCCAAUACCAAUCAGCAGAUCCUGCCAAAGGUUGUCAGCUUUAAGGAUGUCAGAGCAAAGAGACUGCACAAGCAACAACACCAAAAGAGCUACUAUGACAGAUCAGCAAGACCUUUGUCUCAGCUCAAGGAUGGACAUGCAGUUAGAGUGCAGGAGCAAGGAUACUGGAAGCCAGCUGUUAUCGUCAGAGCAGCCAACACUGAGAGAUCAUAUCAUCUGCGUACUGCUGAUGGACAGGAGUAUCGACGAAACAGACGCCACCUCCUGGACACAAAAGAAUCUCAAAUUGACAGUUCUGACGUAUCAGUAAGGAAUGAAGGUGCUGAACUAUGUGCAACAUCAACCAACAGUAGACCACACAAUGACAUUGUACACGCACCUGACCACACUGAUGGGCUGCCCAAAUGCACUACUUACAGAACCAGAUAUGGACGACAGAUAAAACCCAGAGUCAUUCUGGAUCUGUGA